UUGAGGAAGGAUCCGGCAGGGAGAAGGGUCUGUCGUCGAGCGGAGGAGUUCGUUCAGGUAGACUGACUGGGCUGCUCGCUGCGUCUCGUCUCCGUCGAGUUCGAAACUCGUGUUGGUGGUGGUGGAAGUGGUGUCCUUUCCCGUCACGUGGGAUGGUGGUCCACCCCCCUCUGUACUGUGGGAUGUAAAGGAAUGUCUUUGAGGUAGUUGUGAUGAUGCGUUUGUUAAACAGCCUGACGUCGUGGUAAUCGAAUUAAGAGUUCGUUCUUUGGAAAGCCGAUGCCCCCCCUCGCGUCUGCGAAAUGCGCUGGCAUAUGCAGUACACCCACCGACGACGACGGGGGCCGAAUCUCGUCCAGUGUGGGUGGAGGGUCCUGAGUGUGAGCGACCUAACGUGACUCGAAAAAUGUGAGAGAAAAAAAAGAGAGAGAGAAAUUAAGUUUCCUUUUUUUAAAUUAGCAGUGUUGUUGGACGAGCAUCCAUAUAACCAUCCCCACCCACAAAUGGCUCGGUCGACUCAUCUUCCUCAUCUUCAUCCCCUGCUGCUGAUGCUGCUGCAGGGCAUUAUUUGGCCGCUAGAAGCCCAUGGUGACCUGCCCGCUCGUCUGACGAGAAUCUGACCCGUGCUGUGGAAUCUGCCACUCAGCCAACCACCUGUUAAAAGUUAAUAUGAAUUCUCCCCUUCUAGUCUCGUCUCACCAUUCCGCGGCGAUGGUGAAGUGCCCUCUGAGAACUUGCAUUCUCCUUCUGGUUGUCCUCUUCAGUCGCCUGGAUCUCGUGAUAUCUGUCGGCCAUGGCCUUGGAAACGUUACUGGAAUCGCUCCCGCCGAAGCGUGGACUUCAAAUAGCACUCCUUCAGUGGUGAAUGAGGCUUUGCGUGGAGAUUCACAGGAUGGUCAUCAUCACGCGACCACUCCUGAGACUGUGAGCUCAGGAGAUGCUCUGGAAUUACAAAAGAAAAGCAGUUUUCUGUUAGCUGCUCUCUCUACACAGGUAACAAGAACAUCUUCUGCCACUGAGAACAAAUUAGGUAAGAAAACUGACAGUGAUUACUAUCAGUUGCCUCAUAAAAAUACUUCACAAAUAAGUGACAACAGUGAAGUCAAAGAUACCUCUACUGACACUAAUGCAACGGGCCAAAGUCUGGCAACAAAUACCAUUUCAUCAACGUUUCCUGAACCCGAAAGGAAAAGGUAUAAUGAAACUCAUUCAGAACAAACAAUAAAUGUGCAUACUCCCAGUGAAUCUAUUGAUUAUCCAUCAUCCUAUUUACCAGGUGAGCAUCCCAAAAACACCUUUGAAGCAAAACAUGAAACUAGCAACGUGCCAGAAACCCAGACAGCAGAAGAAAGGAUCAGGGACGUUUCACCUCUUGACCCUGAUUUUACAGAAGAUGCAGAUGCGAGUUUUGAUCCAUUUUCAGAUUUCUAUUAUUCAGGAUACAUGACAAAGCAAACGGCAAGAGACCACCCGUCUGGAAAUGAGAGACAUGGCCACCACCACUCUGGAACUGAGAAACACAAGUUGCCACCCCACUGGAGGGAAAUUCCAGACACGCAUCAUUCGAACACCCAAACACAGGAUCAAGGACAUGGUCUGCAUCAUUCAAGCACCCAAACACAGGACCAAGGACACAGUCUGCAUCAUUCGAGCACCCAAACACAGGAUCAAGGACACGGUCUGCAUCAUUCAAACACGCGAGAGCAGGACCAAGGACAUGAUCUCCAUGACUAUGAGACCAGCAAUUCCCCUCACAGCAAUGCUGAUAUGCUAAACUAUGAGACAAAGUUUUUUGAUGACGAUGAUGGCUUAGAUUUUGAAGGCUACGAAACUGGGAUGUCAAGUCAGGGUCCUCGAAAACCUGAGAUCUCAAAUGAGAGACCACAUGUACCAGGUAUAUCAAGUCACGAUUCCAGUGGAGAUGAUGUUUCAGGCCUGGGGUCAAGUACACCUGAGAUAACAAACCAAGACCCCUUGGAACCUGACAUGACACAUCAUGGAUCUAGGACAUCAGUUCAAAAACCCUUGGAAACUGAGGUGUCAAGCCUACGAACCAACGAGAUUGAGAUGUCAAGCCAGGGUCCCAGUACACCAGAAAUACGGAUUCGCGUGCCUUCUGGAUCUAGAAUAUCAAGUCACAGAUCCCACGUAAGGCCGCAUGAACCCAAGAAUCCACACCAGAGACCUGAAAGACCAGAGCUUUCGAGCCAAGGAACUGGGGAGUAUGACCAUAUUGAAGCAGAGGAGCAGGGUGAGGGAAGGAACUCACUCCGUAAUGUAACAGGCCAUGCAAACGAGGAAACCACGAUGCGACAGGACUUCGAAGAAGUGAUCGCCGAUGAAAAAGCGACCUUUGAAAGCGACAUGGAAAACGAGUUGCCCACUGGGGAAGAGAAUCCGGAAGUCAAUAGGGAUUCCUUUGAUUUCGAGGACUCCCAAGCCAUUGAGGAGAACUACAUAGACCACGAGAGCAACAGCGCCAAUCCCGUCAGUGGGGGUCAGUCCAUCCACGGCAGGAACGGCCAUCCCUACCUGACAUACGGCGACGACCACGAGGACUUCAAGGGGUAUGCGACCUACGAAUCGGGUCGUUACUUUUACGACCACUAUUACGACUACUACUACGAUUACGGCGGGGUGUCAGUGUGCGUCCCGGAAAACAGUUUGUGUGCUGCCGUCGAAAUCUCCCCGGAAGGAACCUCUCCCGGAAGGGGUGCUGAUGACGGGUACGACCUGGAGGGCAGCGCUGCUACCCAAAAAUGGUCCCUCGACCUCUCCACUGACAAUCCCACAAACAACCCCGAAGCGAACGGGGAUCCUACCAUCAGCCCCACGAGGAGUGUAAAUAUUGACUUGGGGCUCAGAGUAGUGUGUAACGAGUCUGUCAGACUACAGAAAGUCUCCCAAAUGAUCGAUCAUGGAUGCAGGUUGAGAACUCUGGAAAUAAUCGUCCAUCACCAGAUGGAACUCUGUCGCGUAUCAUCACACGACCUGGAACACUUCCACAACGUGACGUACCUGGCAAUAACACACUCUGGUCUCCAGGUGGUAGAGGAUGGUGCCUUUGCUCUCCUGCCAAGACUUCACUCUCUGGACCUGAGAAACAAUCAGCUGGUUAUCCUGUCAUGGAGGACGUUGUGGAGACAUUCUUUGCUUGGCGAACACCUGCGUCACCUGAACGUCUCUGGAAACCCCCUGGACUUCCAGGACUGCCAAAACGCCUGGCUCAUCCCCUGGAAGACGCGCUCCUGGGCCAGGGGCGGGAGGUCGUGGGAGGAAGAACUCCUGAGGGAAGAGGAGGGAGAAGAAGAAGAAGAAGAAAGUGACGAAGGCCCUGAAGGGGGUGCUGACGAAGGCGUACUAGGAGGCGCCACUGGAGACUGGGAGGAACAGAGAGUCGGAAACAGGACGACCAACCUGACGAAGGACAGCGCUGCUUCUGGUGCUUCUGGGGACGACUGUCCGGAUAUGAUCGCCUCAUCUUCGUCAGGACCUUCGUCGUCGCCUUCUUCAGGAUGCUAUCUGUGCCCAGCCAACCUCACCGUCAUCGAAGGCAAUACUGGCACAGGUGUGGGUCAGUGUCACUACACGCUCGUCAGGUGUUCUGCAAGAGGCAACCCUUUACCUCAGAUCGACUGGAACGUCCCCAGCCACCUGGUCAUCAUAAGCGUCCAAGAGGAACGUCCGGACAAUUUCACCUUCGUCUCGACCCUCAACCUCACUUAUACCUCCUCCUCCUCCUCCUCCUCCUCCGGUAGUGGUAGUGGCUCCUCCUCCUUCUCCAGCAGCAGUGGCAGCAGCAGCAACGGUAGUUACGAGCCCUUAGUUUGUAUCUCGCAGAACAACAGAUACGUCAGCCUGGAACAGAUCGAUCUAAGCAUUCCGCAGGAUGCGACGCUUCCUCCCCAGAUCUGCUGGACGCAGUUCGAAAAGUCGGCCGUCUACGAGAAGUUCGAGUACGUGGCCCAGGCGCAGCCGCCGAGGAACAUAACCUGGUGGUAUUACCCUUGCAAAGGGAACCCCAUGUCCUUCGACGGGAAGGGGCGGGACCUGAUGCACUACUACAACGAGACGAGUCCCCAUUCGUCCUACAUGCAAGGUUACCUGAGAUUCCCAGACAAAAUGGGCGGCGGCAAGAAGACCGGCCACUACGAGCUGCAGAUCAGUAACGCCCAUGGCACCGCCCGCUUCUCCUACAUCCUGAACCAGAGACCCAAGCCCGACAGCUGCGAGAAGGGCGAGGCCUUCGAGAUAGACCCCCAGAGUCGCCCCAUCAGGAGGGUCUCGCCGUUCCCGACGAGGCCUCCCACGCCUGAGGUCCCCUGCGUCCUCAUCACUCCCUCCAAUCACACCCACACGCCCACGACUGCCAAAGCGCCCGCCUCUCCAGCCGCAACCACCACCACAACGCCCACGCCGCCAGUCCCUCUCCCGAUCAUCCUGACCAUCUCCGCGGGCAUCCUGGUCUUCGGGGUCACCCUGGUCCUGGUCGUGCUGCGGAACGUCCUCGGGAAGCGUGGACGACCCGGUAUGGACAACGACCCCUGCCCGGACUCCCCCUUCCAGAUCACCUUCAUGGACGACGACUGCCAGAAGAAGACGGAGGGGCUUCAGGCGCACGAGCUGAUGCCUCUCAGUGCUGACCGGCUGGUCGAGAAUCCCGAGUACAUUGGCAACGGCACCGCCAUCACUCCGUCCAAACCUCAGGCUCGUGUCAUUCCCAGAGAUAAGGUGAAAUUUGUGUCAGAACUCGGCGAGGGAGCUUUCGGCAGGGUCUACCUCGGCAUCUUGGAAGAAGGCUGGGGAAGGACUACGCAGGUCGCAGUGAAAACCCUGAAGAGCGUGGGGCCCGAAGCCCGUCAGGAGCUGGAGAGGGAGGUGGAACUGCUCAACAACCUCCUCCACAAGAACAUAGUGAGUUUCUACGGCGUCUGCUACAAUUCGGACCCCCUCCUCAUGGUCUUCGAGUACAUGGAACACGGGGACCUCAACAAUUACCUCAGGAGUCAUAACGAGGACGUAGCCCUCCUGUCUGGCGAGGAACCCGCGUCCUCGGAGCCUCUCUCCGUCAUGGAUUGUCUGCAGGUGGCGCUGCAGAUAGCUGCGGGCAUGAAAUACCUGGCGUCGCAGCACUACGUUCACCGGGACCUUGCAACGAGAAAUUGCUUGGUCGGUGCCAACUUGGUCGUGAAAUGCGAUUUCGGAAUGUCCCGAGAUGUCUACACGAACGACUACUAUCAGUUCGGAGGUCGAACUCUGCUUCCAGUAAGAUGGAUGCCUCCCGAGAGCAUCCUGUACAGACGCUUCACCAUUGAGUCUGACAUCUGGAGUUUUGGCGUCGUUCUGUGGGAGAUUUUCACGGGCGGAAAACAGCCCUGGUACGGCUAUACGAACCAAGAGGUCAUCACGCAAAUCACGGCUGGAAGGAUGCUGAGCUGCCCUGAGCGGUGUCCUCCGGACAUGUACCGCAUCAUGCUCUCCUGCUGGUCAAAGAACCCUCAAGAGAGGCUGCCGAUGGCCACACUCUAUGACAGGAUCUGCAGCCUCACGACAGUGGAGCCCCACGUCUUGGACUACGACUGAACGAGGCCUGAGAUAACGUAUGGGUUGGUUUGUUUACAUUCGCGGACUACGACUGAAGGGGACCUCAGAUAACGUACGGGUUUGUUUGUUUACAUUCGUCUGGACUCUCGAGGCGAGUGAGAACCAAGUGGAAGGUGACUUUAAGGUCUGCAGACUCACGACUGUGGAGCCCCACGUCCUGGACUAAGACUGAGGGAGACCUCAGAUAACGUACGGGUUGGUUUAUUUAUGUUUGUAAGUCUCGAGGCGAAUAAGAGUCAAUGUGCAAGGUGACCAAAUGGCCUUUUCGAAUUGGGAUCUUAUUCUCACGAUUUGCUGGGGUAAACCUGUAGACUUGGCGACUAAAUAUUAUAAGCUUUAUGUUGCCAAAAGACAAUCGAAAUUGAUAAGAGAGUCAAAGAAAAAUAUGAACUAAAAUCAUCCUGAUUUCACUUCAGUCUGACUAAAUAACAGGGGUCUAAUUUCCCUUUUUAAAAUUCGAUUUUUAUUAAAUCAAGACUUCAUCUGCGAACAGGGAAGGACCUUACCAAGGCUCAACUUUUCUUUUUUUAGAAUUCAUAAGGAAACUGUUGUAUCAUUUUGGUUAAGAGAAUACAAUUGCAGUUAAGACAAGUGCUUUGAUAUAAAAAAAUUAUCUAUGAGUUUUUUGUUUUUGUUUUAUUUUUUUGAACAGAAGAAAAAGAUUAAUAAUAAAAUGGAAGGUUCUAGAUAUUAUAAAAUGAAACGCGUGAUAUUUCAGUUAACAUAUCAGAUUAUUUCAUAUUUUCUGUGCAAUUCAGAAUCAGUUUUGAGUUAAAGGUUAAAAAAAUUAUUUUGUCAACUUGCAUGCGUGGUGUAAAACGAGAGGAAUUUGUCACAUAAUUUGAAAAGUUAAUUUAGUUUUUGAACAGUAAAAAAAAAAUGAGUGAAUGACGCCAUUCCUGAAAAUACGUGACCAAUAAUAUUUAUUAUUCAUCUUGAAAAAAAUGAAUAUAAUGUAGCACAGUUCAUAAGCAUAAAUUCAAACUGAUCUGACAUUAAUGGAGUCAUUUGCAUAGCAAUUGCUACAAGAGUGAAAAAAGAAACGAUAAUGGUGAUUGUGAAAGCAAUGACAAUGAAAAGUGUUGAUAGAUUGUGAAGUGAAUUAACAUUGUGUCUUUGUUAAACAGACGUUGGAGAAGAGAAAAAAAUUAUUAAAAGAAGGCAAACAACUUUGGAAUCUCAAAGUGAAAUUAAUUAACGCUUGGAAAUGUGGGGUCUAUAUCUUCUGUACUGAAAGCUUUCUAAAAAACAAAGAAACUAAAAGAAAGUGAAAGACAAAAAACAAAUUUUCUCCUUCCGUCUCGAAAGGUUCGUUGCUACGAAAGCAAUAAAAUAUAAAAAAAAUAGUUUAGAAGACAAAAAAAAAAAAGGAAA